GCCUUUCUCCCUAGCCAGUAGCCACCACAACAACUCGAAGCGAUACUAGAUAUAGCUGAAGAAGAUCAGACGACGACGAAGCAAAGCAAAGCAAACGAAAGAGGAUACAUGGGGGAGCAGGAGAGCAGAAGCAGCUGCGAGAGCGGCGGCGACGCGAUGGCGCCGGCGGGGAAGGAGCACGGCCGCGCCGCCGCGGACCCGCGCCUCCAGGGCAUUUCCGACGCUAUACGCGUCGUCCCGCACUUCCCCAAGCCAGGGAUCAUGUUCAACGACAUCACGGCGGUGCUGCUGCGGCCGGGCGUGUUCAAGGACGCCGUGGACAUGUUCGUGGAGCGCUACCGGGGCAUGGGCAUCGCCGCCGUCGCAGGUAUUGAAGCUAGAGGGUUCAUAUUCGGCCCGGCAAUCGCGUUGGCCAUUGGAGCGAAAUUCAUACCCUUGCGCAAACCCGGGAAACUACCAGGCGAGGUGAUCUCCGAGAGCUAUGUGCUUGAGUAUGGAACGGAUUGCUUGGAGAUGCACCUUGGAGCCGUCGAGCCGGGCGAGCGCGUAGUGGUUGUCGACGAUUUGGUAGCGACCGGUGGGACACUCUCUGCGGCUAUAAGGCUUAUUGAGCGUGCUGGAGCUGACGUUGUUGAGUGUGCAUGCUUAAUUGGACUUCCGAAGUUUAAGGAUUUCUACAAGCUUGACGGAAAGCCAGUUUACAUACUGGUGGAAUCUCGCAAAUAGGAAGUAAAAAUGAUAAUCGCUCAG